UUUACAUGGAGAAGAGUGCCCCAUCAAUGGAAGGAAGCAAUAGAGCAAGUGAUUCUGAUACUGCUGUGUCCAAAUCAUUGGGAUCGCAGCUCUUACCUAUUGGAGGAAUAUCUAUUGACCUUAAUCUUCCAAUUCCAGUGAAAGAGAAAGAGAACUGUCACCAUUUUUCGAUACGUGGAUAUGUAGCUGAGAUGAGAAAGAAGGACAUGAUAAUUUGUUCACCCUUUGGAUCAAGCAGCAAGCCUGAGGAUCAACUUCCUCCUCUAGACAUUCCCAAAUUUAAGUCGUGGCGAUGUAAAAAUUGCAUCGGAGCUGAAGGUGCAGGAGACGACAUUGGUAAUAUGUGUGUACAUAAGGCCUCUACUAGUGGUGUGCAAUAUCUAUUGCCAGAGAUGAAGCACAUGUCCGAUUCACGGAAUGGCGACAAAAAUAAAGCGAUUAUGGAAGAUUACAUAGAUACUGAUGAUAAUGACUUCAUAUUGUCAUGGAAACGCAAUAAAGAGAAAUGCACUCUAGUUCAAAAUACCAUUGUCAAAGCUGUUCCCACAAGUGUUAGCAAAGAGGAAACUGGCAAUCCAGCUACUGAGGUGACACUAUCUAAGCAACGCUCAACUCAUGAAACAAAAACAAAGAGCCCAGUUGCUAAUUUGUUGAACAACAAUACAAAGAUUGCGGAUUCUGAACCAACUCCCUCAAAUGAUGAAAGUGACAAAGAAGUUCCUUAUGAUAUUGAUCCAGAGAUAGAAAUAGGCUCUCAAAAUGUUGAACUGAGAACUGCUUCAAUCACUUCAGAUGAAAUAGAAGUACUUGGUAGCAAAGAAAGGGUUCUUAAUAUGACCAAUGAGAAGUUAAGUAGAUUACCUUCUGUUGAAUUGAUAGAGGGCACUGAAACAUCUAAGGGAAGUGAUGAAAAUUUGGCAGUAAAUAGUCAGUGUGAUUUGCAUGAGGAUAUUGCAAAUGAUCUACCGUGCAGGAAAGCUCGUAAGGUGCGCUUGUUGACUGAGAUAUUGCUGGGUGAAAAAGCCAAUUUGGAGAUGAAUUGUGCUAAUGCAGAACGAUGUUCAGCAAAUACCAUGCCCAUUGUACUUUCUGAUGGAGAUACAGUUGGUGCACCUAAGGAUAAGGUAUCCUUUCUUGAGGAUGCUAGAAAGGGUAACAAGAUUUCUCAGAAGAAGAGAAGGACGUCUCAAGAAGAUAACCGCAAGUCAGAGAUGAACUUAGAUGGUAAGAUGGCUAAAAGAUCUAAAGCCUUCAAUAAAAAAGCUGAGAGGAGGAGUUCUAUGGAGAUUGAAGUUUCUGAUUCACGUCCAAUUGAGAAUGGAUCAGACAAAGAACGUCUACAGAGUCGCAGCAAAAGUGCGAAAAUAAAGCAUAGAAGUGAUCAUAAGGACUCUGGAGUAAAUAAAAAGAAGCACAAGAAGGAUCAACUUGUCAGUGGAUAUUCUCCUCAAAUGCUCCCGGAGGGGAAAAGCACUGGUAUUAGCACAAAUGGAUAUGGUGGUGCUAAUAUUCUCUUUCAAUCGUCAAGUGCUUCCCCCAUUGAAAAAGCUGAAACUCAUUUGAGGAAUGAGUCAUUGCAUGGAAAAGAAAGAAACUCUGAUUUGUGCUGGAAUGGUAACAGGUUGCUUGAAGUUAGACAUGCCUCUUCUCCUAUGAAUGUAGCUCAAGACAAAAAUUUGCGAAGGGAAAGUUCGAGGAAAUAUGUUGUACAAAUGCCGACUGGUAUGGGAGUUGUGACUUCUCAGCUAGAAAAUGAGUUAUCUGCUAAUGCGGAGUUAGACCUGUUUUUGAGCAGAUCCAAGGAUGCUGAGAAACGUAUUGAAAAUGAUAUUAUCCAAAGCAAAAACAGGACAAAUUGGCAGUUGAUUCUAGAAAAUAGCAGUAAGAGUGGUGAUCCGAAAGAUAACUCUUUCACGAGACAGUCAAAUGUAUCUGAAUCAGGCCAAUCUUUGAGGAAAGGCGUGAAUGCUUUUGUAAGACAGUCAAAUGUGUCUGAAUUAGGUCAAUCUUCGAGGAAAGAAGUGAACUCUCUUGUAAGACAGUUAAAUGUGCCUGCGUCAGGUCAAUCGUUGAGGAAGGACGUGAACUCUCUUGUAAGAGAGUCAAAUGUGUCUGAAUCCGGCCAAUCUUCGAGGAAAGGAGUGAUUUGUGAUCUCAACCAGGGAAUUUAUCAAACAUCACCCGUGUGGCAACAGAGUCAAAGCUCACCUAAUCCGCUGCAAAGGAGAAAUCUUCAAAUUCCAAACCGAAUGGAAACGCCUCAGCCUUGCAGCAAAGCAAACCUUAAUGGAGUUCAAGGUUCAUCAUCCGUAAUUAAGCUGCAUAGAAGUCAUCAGUCUAAGAAGGUUGUGGAAAAAAGGCCAAUUGAGAUUGUAGAGCUGUUGAACAACAACCAUGAAAGGAAUCUUCCCCAGACCAGAAGUAAUUUAAUGACUGAAAGAGAUGACAAUGGAGCAGUUACAAGGUUAAAUCCUGGUUUAAUCGGUAUUUAUCCAGGUCAUGCAAAUGUAAAUGCUGAUGUUGGAGUAUGCAGAGGCUAUAUCCCCCACUUAUCCAAUGGCAAAGUGAAUAGCACUGAGAUGACUCAAGUUCAGGAGCCACAGUUCAAACUGUUCGGCAAUUUAAGACAAAGUCAGUGGAAACCAUCAAAUAGAGGGCAAGUUUCUGCUCCUGUUCCCAUCAGAUGGGGGUUGCAACAUGGUGAAGGAUCAAAACCUGGAUGGUUUCCCAAUAGGCAGAGCAUAUUAUUUGGACAUGCUAAUCCGAAAGGGAGGACUAUCAGUGACAUAAAGAGUAUGGAUUCUGAAACCAUACCAGGAAAUGCGGAGCACAUCACCAAAGGUAUGGAGUCUUCAAAUCCUUAUUCUAGUGAGACCAUACCAGCAUUGCAGUUACUCGGUCGUGUGGAUCAAACAACUCCAUUAACUCCUGCUUUCAAUGUGGACACAAAUAAACUUCAAGAGAAAUCUUUCUCUGCCUGCAACUAUCACCCACGGAUUUACAUGGAUGGAAACCAAAGUAUUCACAAUGGUGGUUAUACUGGUAUUCGCAUUGGUGGUUAUACUGCUGGUUAUAGCUCACAACAACCUUUUCCGUACUUAAAUGAUCAAGUAUCUCAUGCACCUGUGCAACUUGGCGGAGGAAAUUUGCAGCAAUCUGUGUCUUCAAGUGGCCUCUGGCGGACCACUCGAGAAUCUAGUGCUGGAAAUAAUGUUUCAAGAGGAGUUGUUGGUACAUCAAGUUCAAUGGUGCAUUCGUUGCAGAGUGAAAAUGCUUCCAGGUCAUUAGACAGCAUAACUGUAUUGCCUAUCUCUAUUAUUCCAAAAAACAAUCCUCCUUGCCUUUUAAAUCAAAACCCUGCUGAAAUUGCUCUCGCUGAUAAUGAAAAGUAUCUCAGAACUGCAGAGGAUCAGAACAUUAGGAAUAAGAGCUCAUCGCCAGAGAAAUCUGGAGCUGUUCGUUUGGAUGGGCGAAAGCAGCAGAGGAGAAAACACCGACCAGGGAGAAUGCCUCUAGAAUGCCGCCGAGCACCAUGAAUGCUAUCAACAUUCCUGCUUGGCUAUU